AAGAUAUAAGAAGAGCUGCGCAAUGACAACAGUAGAGCAGAAACACGUCCAGCCCAGAGCGUUUUCAAGAAGGGAUACACAGUAACCCAAGCAGGGACUAUUUCCUGAUAUUUUUUUUAGAUUUAUUUAACUCCACGACAUCGAGUGAGGAUGCCGUUCCUCGGACAGGACUGGAGGUCACCGGGUCAGAGUUGGGUUAAAACCGAGGAGGGAUGGAAAAAGACAACAACAGACGACAGAAACAACAACGUCUCCGUGGAGAGCUUCUGCAAAGCCGAGCAGGAGGAAUGUUUCAACAAGGAGAACUUGCUGCUUUCUCUCAGCUACGACAUGGCUGCCAAGAAGAGGAAGAAAGACCUAAUGAACAACAACACCAAGGUCCCCUAUUUCCACAGGGAAAAGUGGAUUUAUGUUCAUAAAGGAAGCACCAAGGAGCGCCAUGGAUAUUGUACACUGGGAGAGGCCUUCAACCGCUUAGAUUUCUGCAGCGCCAUCAAGGAUACAAGGAGAUUUAAUUACAUCGUGAGACUUCUGGAGCUUAUCGCCACGUCCCAGCUCCCCUCGCUCAGCGGAGUGGCGCAGAAAAAUUACAUGAAUAUUCUGGAGAGGGUGGUACAGAAAGUCCUCGUUGACCAGCAGAACGUCCGUCCCAUCAAAGAGCUGCUGCAAGCGCUGUACGUCUCGCUGUGUGGUCUCGUUCAGGACAUGGGCAAGUCUGUCCUGGUGGGGAACAUCAACAUCUGGGUGCACCGCAUGGAGAACAUCCUGCAGUGGCAGCAGCAGCUGGACAGCAUCCAGAUCAACAGGCCCACAUCCACAGGCAUGACCCUCACUGACCUGCCCGCAAGCCUGCAGCUCAACAUCAUGCAGCGUCUGUCGGACGGCAGGGACCUGGUCAGCCUGGGCCAAGUGUGUCCCGAUCUGGGCGCCCUCUCUGAGGACCGGCUGCUGUGGAAAAGGCUCUGCCAGUACCACUUCACAGACAGACAGAUCCGAAAGCGCCUGAUAGUGUCAGAUAAAGGUCACCUGGAGUGGAAGAAGAUGUACUUUAAGCUGAGCCGCUGCUAUCCUCACAGAGAACAAUACAGUGACACCCUGCACUUCUGCACACACUGCCACAUCCUUUUCUGGAAGGACACAAACCAUCCCUGCACAGCCAACAACCCCGAAAGUUGCACCAUGUCCCUCUCCCCUCAAGACUUUAUCAACCUUUUCAACUUCUGAUUCCACGCAAAUCCAGAUGAACUGACUGUACAUACUGUACAUAGAAGUGUACAAUGUUGUUUUUGUUUAUGGCACAAUCAAUUUUUGGAUGUAUAUUUAGUCGAGGUUUGACUGGAGGGGGGCUCAGCGGGACAAUUAUGCAAUCAGGAUUCUUUUGGAAGAGUACACAGGCUGCUGGCAGGUUUCACUGUUGAAAGCGAGUGAAUGUGACAGAGAGAAAAAGAGAUGUUGGAGCCGUUGUGUUGUUGAUGUAGGAGAGAGCAGAGGAGAAAGGGAACACUCAGCUGUCAGAGUUUAGUCUUAGUUUAAUGUGGUUUUUGAAAAGACACCUCCAAAUUAACACUUUUUAUUUUUACCUUAGCUGCGUGCACUUGUUUUUCCCAAUUUGGAAAAUUAGAUUUGAUUUCUGGUUUUCAAACCUUGUAACUGUUAUUUUCAACACGAGAAAUAGGAAGAUGAUUUGAUUUGUUUAAAAUUGUGAUUUGUUCAGUAUGACAUUACAAAGCCUGCUCACAUGGGGUAUGACAGUGUGUUUGACGUUCAGAUGAGAUUAGCAGUAAUAUUCAGUUUGGCACUGGGAUGAGAGGAGAAAAUCUUGAUUUGCUGCACUACCUAGGAGAUAAUGAAUGUAGGAAAGGGAGUCGGUAAUUAAUCAUAAGACUGAGUGAUGAUUCUUUGAUAUGUUAACACACCACGAUAUGUUUUCUAUUUUGUUUUGUUCUUUUUCACUUUUAUAUGGAUUUGAUAUGUUUUGUUUUUUUUAUUAAUUGUGUGUUCGUGUUCUGCUGCGGCUGCAACAGCAACAGCACCUGAGUGCAGUAUUACCAAAGAUUGUAAUCACAGCCACUAUUACAAUGGUGUGUGCCUUAUUGUGAAACUUGAAACUGGUACAGCUUAAUCCUUGUUUGUAAUAUUUUCAGAUCCUGAUGCUGUUUUCUUUUUGUUUUUUUUUUUUGUUUUUUUUUUUAACAUCAUCACCAAGAGUGGUAUUUAAGAUCUGAGGCUCUGGUACCAAAGUCUGAAACAUCGUAUUUUUCUGUAGCCUCCUGCAUGACUUUUUUUUUUUUUUAAACACACAACUGAUUGUGUUUUUGUAUUUAUUUAUUGAGAUUCUGGCAAGUGGCUCAGCUUGCACUAUUGGGUUUGAAGAAAGGCAGUGUGACCCAGAUUUUCCACUAUCACUGCUUAGACAGUGAGGAAUGAUGUACAUGCUAUGCAAUGCGUUUUGUUUAUGUUCUGUUGAAUAAAUAAACAAAAAUAACCAUA